AUGCCGGAAGUCACCAAGGAAGUCGGCAUCGCCUUUGCACUUACGUGGGCCGCGGCGGCCGCGACCUGUGUCGGUGGUCUCGUCAUCUUUAGCGCUUCCAUGGUCAAGAUGGCCAACGCCAAGAACCUCUCGAUUGCGCUUGCGCUCGCCGGUGGUGUCAUGCUCUUCAUUUCGCUUGUCGAGAUCUUUGGCAAGUCGGUCGAGCAGUUUAUGGUUGGCAAUGCCGAUGAGAACGGCGAGUGCGACCCGACAUGCGAAGGUCACGCGUGGGUCUUUACCAACAUUUGCUUUGCCGUUGGCGCUGGUAUCAUCUACAUUCUCGAUGCGCUUGUGCACCGCCUCUCGCCCGAUUUCAAGGACGAGAUCGACGUUGCGGAUCUCUCGCGCCUCGAGCAGGUCGUUGACGGCCACAUGCCUCUUGUGACGCCCAGAAACAACGAAGCGGACAUUGAUUUGCUCGCCAACAAGGACAAGGCGGCCAUGAACCGCACGGGUGUCCUCACGGCCAUUGCACUUGCGCUCCACAACCUUCCGGAAGGCGUGGCCACGUACACGGCGGCGGUCCGCGACCUCAAGGUCGGUGCCACGCUUGCCAUUGGUAUUGCGCUGCACAACCUCCCGGAAGGCAUUGCCGUCGCGACACCCGUCUACUUUGCCACUGGCAGCCGCUGGAAGGCGUUCUUCUGGGCCUGCGGGUCGUCGCUCGCGGAGCCGCUCGGCGCGAUUCUCGCCUUCUUUAUCCUCGGUGACGGCCUCAACCCGAAUGUCGAGGGUGUCAUGUUUGGCCUUGUCACGGGUAUGAUGGUGACGCUCUCGAUCAAGGAGCUGAUUCCGUCGGCCGUCAAGUUUUGUCCCGAUGGCCACGCGGUCUCGAUCGCGAUCCUCGGCGGCAUGGGACUCAUGUCGUUGAGUCUCAUCCUCUUUGCGUACGUCGGUGUCUAA